AUGGGAUCGCUUGCGGAGUUUCCUCAACCAAAGGCCAAGGUCGGGAUUAACGGAUUCGGUCGUAUAGGUCGAACUGCCCUUCGCCAAGCCCUCCUCAGAGAUGAUCUCGAAGUGGUGGCCAUUAACCACACCUGCGCUACUGCCGACGAUCUUCUUUAUCUGAUUCGACAUGAUACAACACACGGUCUACUGAAAGAUGCUUUCAACAUCAAGUAUAUUUCAGAAGAGGAAAUCCCGAUACACGGCAAAACCAUUACACUCGUGUCAACACGGGAUAUUGCGCAGCUGGACUGGCAAAAGCUUGGUGUGGAAUAUGUAAUCGAAUGUACCGGCAAGCACAACAAGACAGACCUGUCCAUCCGACAUGUCACCGAAGCACAUUGUAAAAGGGUGGUGAUAUCGGCACCAAGUCCUGACGCACCCACGUUUGUGUAUGGCGUCAAUUCAGACAAUCUGAUGCCCUCGGAAAAGAAUCGUGUCAUAUCUUCUGCCAGUUGCACCACGAACUGCGUCUCGCCUAUACUCAAGCUUCUCAACGAUAACUUGGGAGUAACGCAGGCUUUCUUGACAACAGUUCAUUCCGCGACUCAGUCACAGCAGAUCUUGGAUGGCUACAGCAAAAAGAACAGGAGGCUUGGUCGCAGUGUCUUCAAUAACAUCAUCCCAACGACCACGGGCGCAAACAAGGCCGUCACAGCCGUAAUUCCAGAGCUUGCAGGCAAGGUCCAGGGUAUCUCUAUUCGUGUGCCUACAGCCGAUGUGUCAAUGGUGGAUCUCACAGUUGCGACGGACCGGCCGUCUUCGCUAGACGAGGUCAUGGACAUCUUUAGAAAGGCCGCUGCCGGCUCCAUGGCCGGAGUGCUGCAAGUGAGCGACCAAGACCUGGUCAGCAGCGAUCUGUUGGGCACUUCAUAUAGUGCAGUUGUUGACAGUAAAGCAUCCUUGGAGUUGAAUCAGCAGUUUUUCAAAAUUAUUGCCUGGUACGAUAACGAGUGGGGUUAUUCUAGCCGUUUGUUGGACCUGGUUUCCCUGAUACAUCGACAAGAGACAUCUGUGAUGAAUGAACACUAA